AUGAUCGAAAAGCCCAACUUCCUCUUCGUACUUUCUUCCCAGGCAACUCUGCCUAGUCGGGGGACCCCUACUGGCUGGUACCUGCCUGAACUUGUCCACCCCUACAAUAAGCUUGCGCCCCAUUUCAACAUCGUCAUCUCUUCUCCAGCUGGCGGAGAGGCACCACUGGAUCCUUACUCUAUUGAAGCUACCAAAGACGACUCUGAUUGUCAGGCUUUUUUAGAAGAAAAUGAGAAUUUGUGGAAAGAAACCGAGAAGUUGUCCUCGUUCCUUGGAAGAUCGGCUGAGUUUGCGGGCAUAUUUUACGUUGGUGGUCAUGGUCCGAUGUUUGACCUCGCAACCGAUCUUGUUUCCCAGGCUUUGAUUCGCGAAUUCUAUGAGUCCUCCAAAGUUGUCUCAGCUGUGUGCCAUGGCCCUGCUGCUCUUGUCAAUGUGAAACUAUCCAACGGAACGUAUCUUGUUUCAAAUCAGACUGUGACGGGCUUGUCUGACGCGGAGGAGGAAUAUAUGCAGUUCACAAGAGACAUGCCAUUUCUUUUGGAAUCGGAGCUUCGAAAACGCGGAGCAAAGUUUGAGAGCGCUGAUGGCUUAUUUGAGGUAAAAGUGGUUGUUAGCGGGAAUGGAGGGAAUUUAGUGACAGGACAAAACCCACGAAGUGCUGCAGUGAUCGGCGACACCUUGCUGAAGAUUAUGGCAUGA